UCCCCGGACGUGCCGGUGCGCUCCGCUGCCCCGGGCACCGACGGGCACCGGAGCCGGCCAUGCCGCCCCUACCAUCAUUCCUUCCAUUGCUCCUGCUCUGCCUGCGGCUCCUCUGCGCCGAGCCCAUCGCCUACCCCGCGGUGAUCUCCCCCCAGGACCCCACGCUGCUGAUCGGCUCCUCGCUGGUGGCCACCUGCACGGUCAGCCCCGAGUCCCACUUGCGAGCCGAGGACCUGUACUGGACCCUCAACGGCCGGCGCUUGCCAGCCACCUCCUACACCGCCCUGGGUCCCACCACGCUGAGCGUGGCCCUCACCCGCCUCAACGGCUCCAAGCAGCAGUCUGGGGACAACCUGGUGUGUCACAGCAGAGACGGCAGCAUCUUGGCCGGCUCCUGCCUUUACGUUGGACUACCCCCAGAGAAACCAGUCAACAUCACCUGCUGGUCCAAAAACAUGAAGGACCUCACCUGCAAGUGGGCACCAGGGAACGAAGGGGAGACUUUCCUGCACACCAACUACACCCUCAAGUACAAGCUCAGGUGGUACGGACGAGACAACACGUGCCAGGAGUACCACACGGCCGGGCCCUACUCCUGCCGCAUCCCCAAGGACCUGGCCCUCUUCACGCCCUACGAGAUCUGGGUGGAGGCGUCCAAUCGGAUGGGGGUGGCCGUCUCUGACGUCGUCAUGUUGGACAUCCUCGACGUGGUCACCACUGACCCCCCGCCGGACGUGCACGUCAGCCGGGUGGGGGACCUGGAGGACCAGCUGAGCGUGCGCUGGAGCUCCCCACCGGCCCUCAAGGAUUUCCUCUUCCAAGCCAAGUACCAGAUCCAGUACCGGGUGGAGGACAGCUCGGAGUGGAAGGUGGUGGACGAUGUGGGCAACCAGACCUCCUGCCGCCUGGCUGGCCUCCGCCCUGGCACCGUCUACUUCGUCCAGGUGCGGUGCAACCCCUAUGGCAUCUACGGCUCCAAGAAAGCUGGCAUCUGGAGCGACUGGAGCAACCCCACCGCCGCCUCCACGCCGCGCAGCGAGCGAGCGGCGGGGGGCUGCGACCCUAAGGGCGGGGAGCAGAACACGACGCUGCGGCGGGAGCUGAAGCAGUUCUUCGGCUGGGUGAAGAAGCACGCGUACGGCUGCUCCAACCUGGGCAUCAAGCUCUACGACCAGUGGCGUGUGUGGCUGCAGAAAUCCCACAAGGCACGCAACCAGGUAGGUUCUUCCCGGCGAUAAGCUGUAGCCCGCGGGGGACCGAGCGCCAGCAGGAUGCCACGGGGCGCCCGGCGUCCACCCGGGACCACUCGCGCCCACCCCGACCGCGCCGUGGGAGA